AUGCCGCAGCUUCCCACGAGGUCGUCCAGCACGCCCCAGGUCCCGCAGUCCAAGCCAUCUCGCCCUGCUACUGGUCCGGAUCCGCAGAGCGCUUCGCUCCCAGCCAGAACCGCCGUCCGCCCCGAGGCCGCCGCGCGCGCCAAUACCGACGCCGCGUCUGACAAGGCCACCGCCGCCUUCGUUCGCCGCGUGCUCUGCGCCCACCAGCUGUCGUCGAACAUCCUAGCCGGCAGCGAGAAGGGCAAGCCAUCGCAGAAGUCGCUGGACGAACUGCUGCCGCCGCUGACGAGCUCAAACGAGGUCGACCUGCAGCUGUAUGGCAUCAUCGCCGUCAUCAUCAAGGAGUUUGUGCACGGCUGGUACACGAAAAUCACACCAGAUCAUGUCUUUGUAGACGAGGUAAUCCAGAUCAUUGCCCAUUGCACGCGGGCGCUGGAGCAGCGGCUGCGCAAGGUCGACCUGGAGGCCCUGAUCCUGGACGAAAUCCCGCGGCUUGCAUCGCAGCACCUGGACGCAUAUCGGACCGCUCACCGCGCUUCUGAGGACAGCCCGCUGGCCCCAGGCUACCGGCAUAUUUACCACACGCUGCGCCCGCACCCUGCUCUGACACCAGUGCCGUCUGAGGCCGACCCCGCCACGAUCCUGGAGCAACGCGAGAAUGAGGCGUGCUGGCGGCAGCUGCUGGUGCAGGGCGUGCUCGCCGUGCUGCUGCCGACGGAGGAUCUCGAGAACGCGUGCCUGCGCACUCUGGUGGCGGAGAUCGUGUCGGAGAUGAUCAUCGGCGGCGCAGUGAGCAACAAGGUGUGCGAGGCGUGGAUGCUGUGGGAGGCAGUGGAAAAGAUCGCUGAGGUGGUGCAUCCCCGCGCCAUAGAGCCUCCUGCGGCGAAAGCGACAAGUCGCCUGGAGCAGUUUGGGCUGCUGAACGAGGCGGAGCCACGCAAGCCGCGGUCAGAGGCGGGGUGGGCGAUUGGCGAGCUCAGCAGCCUGUUCUGGACGGUGUGCCAGUACGUCUUCCUGGCGGCGACAGCGAUGCGGGCCGUGGUCGCGGCGCUGGCGGCAUCCCCGUCGCUGCCAGAGCGGGCGUGGGUGGUGUCGUCGCCGAUGGAGGGCAGCCGCCAAUCGCUCUCGAGCGUCGGCGCGGCGGAGGAGCCGUCGGCCGUGCUCAGCAUGAGCGCGUGGACGUGCGCGGGACAGCUGCUCGAAUUGAAGGCGCGGAUGCCGUGGCUCGCAGGCGCACUCUCGCUGGCGCAGUGGAGUGCCGUCAGCGGGCCGGGGCGGGUGGGUGGCACAAACGGACCAUUGGACAGGCUCCUAUCCCACGAGAUCAAGACCCGUAUUCUCAAUCCGGCCUUGUUGCCCCCGCUCCUGCGCACCCUGCGCACUUCGAUCUUCCCCAAUAACGCGCCGGGUCCUCCGCGUAUUCCGCCCACGCCGGACGAGGAGCUCGCUAUCAAGCGCCGCGCGGCUAGAGCGGUACUGGACGCCACGCCGCCCUUUGUCAGGUCGAGACUCUUUGGCAGUGGCAGCGGCAGCCGCGCCGUCGGCGGUUCCGGCGGGGUCGAGGGAAAUGACGAGGACGACGAGGAUGAGGAAGAGCAGGGAGAGGACGCGGUGCAGCAGCGCGAGGUCGAGCGGCUGCUGGACGUCCUGGGCGAUCCGUAUCUGAACAAGCAUCUAAUUUUCGGUAUCAUCGAGUUGAUCGUGGUACGCUUAUUGCCGGAGAUGGGCGAGCUAGGGGUGGAUGAAUUGAUGGACGAGAGAUUGGGUUAG